UCUAAAAAAAACAACAAAAAAAACGAUCCAAUUAAAAAAAAAUUAAAUCUGCAAAAAUACUCAUGCAAUGCUUUCAUCCGUAGCCUUUCCACUGAACGCAAGAAAAAAAACUACAAGAAAAAGACGAGUUUUUACAUUUCGACUUUAAACUUUUUUAGACAUUAAGUUAAUUUGACAAUCACAUGAUUUCUGAUGAUGAUCGUGUAUGCACUUGGGAGUUGCACCGUUCUCGAUGAGUGCCAGUUGAUCCCCUCCUUCAGAAAUAAAUGCAGUUACAAUAAUACUGGGCAGGCUCCUCACCCUGGCACUUAACUUAGAUUAGUGACUAAAAUGGACGCUGAACGGCAGGCUGCUCGGGCGUUCGGGGUGCCCCGCCCCGAAAAGAGGCGAGCCACACCCCACCUCCGGUCGCUCUCCUCCUACUCGCGCCGGAUCGUGUGCGAGAGCGCGGACGGCUGGCCCAGCUUCAGCCGCAGCCUGCAGGCCCCCUUCUGCAACAUGAAGAUCAAGAUCGUCAACAGCCGGCCGCCGCCGCCGCCGCCGCUUAGCGGUAAGAGGCGCCUGGACGACUCGGCCCUGGAGGAGGGCGGCAGCACCCCCCCGAGGAAGCGUUUGGCUGUGAGCGCCUCCACCCCGGGCCUGGGGGGCGCCCCGGACGCCCGCGGGGGACCUUUGGGCAGAAGCCAGGCCCCCCCCUGGUCCCCCGUUAAAGCCCUGGAAGCCCGGAGUCUGAGCAUGAUCAGGAAGGCGGUCGGGGGCGUGGCGUCGGGGCGAGCCGCGCCUCGCUCGCGGCCGGACCCCGUCACCGCGGGCGGGGGUGUUCCGUGCGCGCCGUCCCGCGGCGAAGCCGGGUCCGAGGGAGCCCCGCCCCGGAACGCCCUCCCCCGUCCCGAGAGCCCCGUCCCGAGCCCGGACCCGGGCGUCCCGCGGGCGGCGGGCGAGGUGGACGCGGACCACGCCUUCGACUUCGACAUCGAGGACAUCCUGUCCCUCAGCCCCAUAUGCAGCGGGGCCAGCGACGACAGCGAGGGCAUCGAGGCCUUCAUCGAGAGCUGCCACAGCUUCUACGAGAGCAGCCACGCCCAGAGCCACGCCCAUAGCCCUGCUGACCACGCCCAUAGCCCUGCUGGCCACGCCCAAGGCCCUGCUGACCACACCCAUAGCCCUGCUGUCCACGCCCACAGCCCUGCUGUCCACACCCACAGCCCUGAUGGCCACACCCACAGCCCUGUUGGCCAUGCCCAAGGCCCUGAUGGCCAUGCCCAUAGCCCUGCAGGGAGGGGCGGGGGUGGGCGGAAGGAGCCGCUCUCCUUAGACGAGGGCUACUUCUCGCGGUCGUACCGCGAGGCGCUGAGGAGAAGGCCCGGGGGCGUCGGGCAGCGCCUGGAGGUCAGCCCCCUGCAGCGCAGCUCGCUGGCCCUGGGGGCGGGGCCGCCGUCGUCCAGUCAUGAGCAGGUGGCUGUGUUCGGGGGCGGGGCCUUGCCAAGCCCCGCUCUGUGCAGAAACCUGCUGUCGUCUCUGGACGACGCGGCCCAGCCGGGGGCCGCCCGGGCGCUGCAGGGGGUGGAGGGUGUCGGGGAGGGGGCGGGGUUUAGCGUGGGGGCCCCCCUGUUCGAGUCCUGGCUGAGGCGGGGCUCUUUUUCGGAGGGGAACCGCGAGGCUGGGGGGCGGGGCAUGACGGUGAAGGUGGAGCUGGCCGAGCGGACCUGGCCGUCUCCCUGCAAGGAGAACACAGGGUCCCCGGGGGACAAGGGGGAGCCCUCCAACAGCGCUCAGCUGUCACCUGUCCAGGUGAGAUCGGUGGUGGUGGUUCCGCAGAAGAGGGCGGAUCAAGACGACGCCAAACCGGGGCGCGAGCAUCUCAGGAGGCCGGUGGUGUAUGACAGGGAGGCAGACUGGGAGCGUGAGAAGGAGCUGUACGUGGCUGCGGUCACCAGCCACAUGGCUGACAGCACCCCCUGUGGAGGAGGAGUGAUGACGGAGCUCGUCAACCUCAUGAAGACGGUCGCCAGGCAGGGGGUGGGCAACGGCAACGAGCCAUGGCAACACCCGUCUGACCUCACACGCAGAAACUACGGGGGCGGCGCCGGAAAGGCCCGGAUCUCUCUGGACGAAUGGCAGCAGCGGAACCGGACGACUCACUGCCGAUUCGCCGACGUGCCCCCCGAAUUCCAGCGGACCCCCGUCCCGCAAUCUCAUAGCGCCUGAGCCAAAAAAUCCCGAGGGGUUGGGGGGGGGGCUCUGACUGCACUGGAACCCCCCCCUCCCCAGGGGGUGAGCACGUCGCUUAGCACUUACGACGUCACCACGGUUACCAGACUUCGGGUUUAUUGUUUCCCUUUCCCACGAUUUGGGCUGCACUGGGAGGGACUCGUUCUGUCUCUCUCCUUCCUGGGUUGACAUGGCGACGUGACCAGAGUACUUAAUUCUAUAUAUUUUUUUUUGUAUUUUAACCCAGUGUGUGAACUUAAUUGUGUGUUGUUUUGUUUACAUAUUAAUAAUCAUUUUGUUUGAGGGUUUCGUCUGUUCGUUUUCGUCAGAUCAAGAUUUUAGAUUAGAUUCGCUUGAAGUGCAGGGAGUAGCAGUUGACUGUUGAACCGUGUGGCAGUUUUUGUGUGGUGUUUUUUGUUUUAUUUCAUUCCAAAUCUAACAACUAACCAAAUCGGAUUGUGAUUUUAAUUGUGGUUUAUAUUGGUUAACAUUUAUAUGUGUAUAUACAUUUUAAAAAUGUUUUUUCUUUUUUUAAGAAAACCUCUGCCGUGUUUAUAGUUUAUAUCGUUGGGCAGUACAGCCUUUAAAGCUGUUCCGACAACGUUGCCUUGGCAACGCUGUGCAGCGGAAGAGCGGGGUUUUUUUGAGGAGACCGUGGUCGCAUCGCGGACGGCCCUAAAAUGCCGCAUCCGCUGUGGUCUCGUUCGCACCUCAGACCGCGGGACCUCGACCCGUUUUUUACGAAGGGCGUGGCGGGGGGCCUCGCCCUGUUCCGGCAGGUUCCGCGCCCUGCUUACGUUCCGGGGAGUUUCUGUGUUUCUGGUUCUGCUGCUGAAAACGGGGAAAACGGGGGGAAAUCCAGAAAGAAAAAAGGAUGAAAGAGAAAGAAAGGGGGGGGGGGGAGGAAAAGCACACCUUCAGGCCCUGCAGUGUUUUAACGGGCACUUCAGUUCGUUUUCUGCUUUUUAUUCGCACAUUUUUGACGGAACAAUAAAAAGAAGGUUUUGCACAUCUGUGGUGUGUUGG